AUGGGGUGUCUAUACCAUGGAUUUUUUCUUUCCCAACAAAAGUAUGCUGGUGAACUCUUGCUGAAGGCUAGCAUGGUGGAUUGUAAGCCUAGCUCCACUCCUAUGGCUCUCAAGUCGUCCUUUGAUCCUGCUAGUGAGUUUCCCUUCUCAGACGCUUCUCUUUGUCACAGCCUUGUUGGUGGUUUACAGUACUUAACUAUAACCAGGCCUGAUAUAGCUUUGGCAGUGAAUCAUGCAUGUCAGCAUAUGCACUCCCUUUCUGUAGCUCACUUUGCUGUGGUCAAAAGGAUUCUUCGAUAUGUUAAAGGCUCUUUAUCUCAAGGCCCCUUCUUCACACCUGGUCCUUUCAUACUUUAUACCUACACUAACUUUAAUUGGGCUGGUGACUGUGUCGAUCGCAAAUCAACUUCAGGCUUUUGUGUGUUCCUUGGUCCAAAUCUUAUUUCCUCGUCUGCUAAAAAGAAGGCCACUGUCUCUAGAUCCUCAACUGAAGCUGAGUAA